AUGAGAUCCCAUACUACGCACACACAUUAUUCAAUAACUACUCAAGGAACCUACCACCUUCUUCUUCAAAACAAUGAGUGCUUCGAAUCCGAAUCCACCACCAUCUUCCACUGCUUCACUCCAUCCACAACUCCCUCGGCAAAUGCUCCUUCUCCAGCAACUCAGACUCCGCCCCCACCGGCAGCACCAUCGACGAUUCCAAGCGCAACACUACCAACAGCAAAACCAACUGCUGACACAAAUAAAGAAGGAGCUUCUGAUUUCAACCAAUGGAACAUCACUGAGGCAGACGAAAAAGGAUUCAAACUUUCGCAAUUGAUCAAAAAGUUGUUAAAACAAGGAACCGCAAAAGCUGUUCCAUUUGAACAAAAAGAUGUCCACAUACUCCUAAACCGUGUCUUCAAGUACUACACAUGUCCACCGGAUAAAAAAGGAAGUAGUACUGGUCCACCACCUCCUCCGCCUGGAUCCGCAUCUGCUACGACAUCCGUGACACCUCCGAAAUCACCGGCUCAACCGCUUCUCGAACUACAAGCACCUAUCAAUAUUUGUGGAGACACUCAUGGCCAGUAUAAUGAUUUACUUCGUAUUUUCAAUUCUUGUGGAGCACCAACAAAAAAUCAAUAUCUGUUCCUGGGCGACUAUAUUGAUCGAGGUCGUCAUUCGUUGGAAGUCAUCAUUUUGCUUUUUGCUCUCAAGUUGGCAGUACCAAAGAAAGUUCAUUUAUUAAGAGGAAACCACGAAUUGAAAGCUAUCAACAAAAACUACGGAUUCUACGGAGAACUUAAAACAAGAUUCCGUUGUGGUGCUGGAACCAAUACUGGUGUUGCGGAGAGACUCUAUGCACAUUUCAAUCAAGUAUUUUCCUAUAUGCCAUUGGCUGCAAUUGUCUCAAAACGAAUUCUGUGUAUGCAUGGAGGAAUUUCCCCUCAUCUCCGAACUCUUGAUGACAUUCGUGGAAUCGGUUUACCAUUGGAAACAGCGAAAUCGAAUCCACUAGCCUGUGACCUACUUUGGGCGGAUCCUGAGAAGACCGCGAACGGUUUUGAGCCAAAUAAGAUUCGUGCUAUUUCUCAUAUUUUUGGAAAGAAAGAAGUCGAUGAUUUGUGUAAACGAUUAGAUAUCGAUUUGAUUGUCAGAGCGCAUCAGGUUGUCGAGUACGGCUAUGCCUUCUUUGCCGAUCGUCGUCUUAUCACUGUCUUCUCGGCGUCUCGUUAUCAAGAUGAACUACAUAACUAUGCGGCAGUGGUGAUUGUGAAUCGCAUGCUCGAGUUGAGCUUCGUACAAUUGAAGCCAGAAGAAUUUGAAAAACGACGAGAGGAACAGGAUAAGGCGGGUGGAGCAAAUCAGGAGCAAGUCACUGCUAAUACAAAUUGA